AUGGACUACACCACCAGUAGCUUACCGCUGCACCAGGUGCACAAGCCCCCUUUCACAGUCGAGGCGCCCGGCUACCCAAAGGUCACUGGGGAGACUGUUCCCCGCCGCCACGCCAAAUACAAAGAUGGACUCUUGAGCUCGCCCGCCGAAGGCGUUCACACCGUCUUCGACAUUAUCUGCCGUAGCGCCCGUCUGUAUCCCAACAACCGCGCCGUCGGCUACCGCAAGCUCAUCAAGCUCCAUGUGGAGACCCAUAAGGUCCAAAAGCACGUCGAUGGCAAGCUGCAGACGGUCAACAAGGAAUGGCAGUUCCUGGAACUCACACCGUAUUCCUUCAUCACCUACAAGGACUAUAAGAAACUCAUCAUCGAGCU